CACACACACGCACACAUCUGCUCUUUUCCACAGCCUCCGUCAGGGAGUUGCCAUAGAUACUGUAGUGACAUAGAAGCAGACGAGUCUCCAGGGCCCGUGUGGAGGGACGGAGCAACCAGGAGGAGCUGUCUUGCUCGGUAACAAGUUUCAAAGUUGCUCGCCAAGAGAAAGGAUGGUGGGAAGUAGAGCCCUGCUGGAUCCGUGGCGGUAAAACGCCUGGGCUCACCCCACCAUGGCGGGGGUGGCACAACAGCUAAGCCAGCCAGGGAGAAACAUGAAUGGCAGUGAUUGAUAACCCCCAAAGCCACCCAACGGAUUCCCAGGUGACCUUCGCUAAGGAUGUUCUGCUUACCCCUUCUGCUGUUGGCUGGAUUCUCACCAUGUCCAGGGUCUGAAGUCAAUCCUGCAAUAUGCCGGUAUCCUUUGGGAAUGUAUGAAGGAACGAUCCAAGAUGAGGACAUUACUGCUUCCAGCCAGUGGUAUGAUUCAACUGGACCACAGUAUGCCCGAUUGCUCAGAGAAGAAGGAGAUGGAGCUUGGUGUCCAGCGGGUCUCUUGCAACCAGAAGAUGUGCAGUUCCUUCAGAUAGAUCUCCACAAACUGUACUUCAUCACGCUGGUGGGGACACAAGGACGGCAUGCCCGGGCCACCGGGAAGGAGUUUGCCCGGGCCUAUCGGAUCAACUACAGUCGUAACGGCGAGCGGUGGCUCUCUUGGAAAGAUCGUCAGAACAGGCAGGUGAUUCAAGGCAACACAGACACGUAUGAGGUGGUUCUGAAAGAUCUUCGCCCGCCCAUCAUUGCUCGCUACAUCCGAGUGAUCCCGGUGACUGAGCAGCCCACGACCGUUUGCAUGAGAGUAGAACUCUACGGUUGUCUUUGGUCUGAUGGGCUGGAGUCCUACAGCAUGCCUGAAGGAGAAAUCAUGGCGGCCCCUGGCAAUCCAAUUAUUUAUCUGAAUGACUCAACCUAUGAUGGUUACCAGGAACGAAAGCUCCUACAUGGUGGGCUGGGCCAGCUCACGGACGGUGUCCUGGGAUUAGAUGAUUUCACAAAGAGCCACCAAUACCGCGUGUGGCCAGGCUACGACUACGUCGGCUGGAGGAACGACAGCUUCCGGAAUGGCGUCGUGGAGAUGGAGUUCCAGUUUGACCGCCAGAGGAACUUCACCUCCAUGAAGGUCCAUUGCAACAAUAUGUUUUCCAAAGGGGUGAAGAUCUUUGAGAGGGUGGAAUGUCUCUUCAAGCCGCGGCUGAUUGCCGAGUGGGACCCACAACCUGUAGGUUUAGACACCGUUUUGGACGACAAGAAUCCCAGCGCACGGUUUGUGACCGUCCCCUUCCACCAGCACGUGGGCAAAGCCAUCCUCUGCCGUUUCUACUUUGCUGAUACCUGGAUGAUGAUAAGCGAAGUCUCUUUUCAAUCAGUCAAUAUGGAUGCUCCUGAUCCAAUCUUGGUCACUUCAACAUGGAGCAGCACCACAGAGACGUAUCCAUCAUCAGAAGGACCGAACGCUACAGAAGGGACUUGGGGGAGCACCAUCCUAUCUUCCAUCAGCCCCAGGGUCGAGCAGAAGACAGAGGACUCCAACUCUUCUAGUCUGAUCAGCUGCCUGGUGGCCAUCAUUCUUCUGCUCCUAGUGGUUAUCAUUGCCAUCCUAUGGAGGCAGUACGCUCAGAAGCAUCUGGAGACGGCUCCCCGGCGGAUCCUGGAAGAGGAUGCCACAGUGCGGCUGUCUUUCUAUAGCUCCAGAAUUGUCCGUGGUCAGACGCAGAUCCACCAGACCAACCCCACCUACGAGAGAGUCUUCCCCUUGGAUCUGGAAUACCACCAGCCUCUCACCCUCCUCCAGAAAUUGCCAGAGUUAUCUCAAAGCGCCGAAGACUCGGCCUGCAGUGGUGAUUAUGCAGAGCCCGACCUCACCAAGUGCACCCCUCACCAGGGAUUCCAGAAUAACGUUCCCCACUAUGCCGAGACAGACAUCGUCAACUUGCAAGGGGUGACAGGAAACAAUACAUACGCUGUGCCAGCCAUCACUGUUGACUCGUUGACCAAGAAGGACAUUUCCAUAGCUGAGUUUCCGCGGCAGCAGCUGCAGCUCAAGGAGAAGUUGGGAGAAGGGCAAUUUGGGGAGGUCCACCUGUGUGAAGCUGUUGGUCUUCUGGAAUUCUUGGGCCGCACUUCCCCAGAAGGUUCCAGCCGGGCAAUUCUGGUGGCUGUGAAGAUGUUGAGAGCUGAUGUCACCAAGACAGCCAGGAAUGAUUUCCUGAAAGAGAUCAAGAUCAUGUCCCGAUUGAAUGACCCAAACAUCAUCCGCUUGUUGGGGGUGUGUGUGAGAGAUGAUCCCUUCUGCAUGAUCACCGAAUACAUGGAAAAUGGGGACCUCCACCAGUUCCUGCUGCAACGGCAGAGUAGGAGCACCUUCACACGUUCCAGCAACGUUCCUUGUGUCAGUUGCCUCCAACUCUUGCUCAUGGCAACUCAGAUCGCUUCUGGCAUGAAAUACUUGGCAUCCCUCAACUUUGUCCACCGGGAUUUGGCCACACGCAACUGCUUGGUUGGAAAUAACUACACCAUCAAGAUUGCUGAUUUUGGCAUGAGCAGGAACCUGUACAGUGGUGACUAUUACCGGAUUCAAGGCAGGGCUGUGUUACCGAUCCGCUGGAUGGCCUGGGAAAGUAUUCUGUUGGGCAAGUUCACCACUGCCAGCGACGUGUGGGCCUUUGGGGUGACGUUGUGGGAAAUGUACACCUUAUGCAAAGAGCAGCCGUAUAGCUGGCUUUCUGAUGAACAGGUCAUUGAGAACACAGGGGAAUUCUUCCGAGAUCAAGGCCGGCAGGCCUAUUUGUCUCAGCCACCUCUGUGUUCAAAUCCUGUGUUUUCCUUAAUGAUGAAAUGCUGGAGCCGAGACAUCAAAGAUCGUCCCACCUUUGAAGCAAUCCAUCUGUUUCUCAUUGAACAAAUGGAUGGAAGUAUUGGACCUAUAUGAGAACAUGAGAGACACUGUUGAAAGACCACUGUUGUUUUGGGUUGCCUCUGAUUGGGCCAAAGUUUCUCAAGUUUCUGUUUGACUCCCUCAUUCCUGUGGGCAAGACCAGGUGAAGUCAGACAAACAAGUGAAGUAACUGUUGAAGCUGUUACCUCUUGGGAUUUCUUUGAGAUGUGACGUGAUGGGGCCUCUUCAUCAUGUGGCUGGUGGCCAGCAUGAGAAGAAUUAUGGCCCAAAGUUGAGGUGACUUCAUUGCCUCGGCGAGAAUCCAUGUUCUGUACUGUCCUCUCAGUGGGGGCACCUUGAAAGCUGCUGCUUUUCUCAGCCACAAUUAAGAAUUCCACCAGGCUGAGAAACCAACAUCUCAUGGAAUAAUUUUGCCUUCCUUCCUUGAAAUACUGAGAGGAUCUUUUGCCUCUGCCUUGCCCUUCCUUCCUAGCUAUCAACAGAAUGCACUGUCUCCAAAAUGUAAAAAAAAUAAUAAUUUCCACCUCUUUGGAAUAGUCAAGUUCUUGGGAUGUCUGUCCACCUUUCCUAAAAACCAUUUUUGGUGCAUCCCGUGGGGCAGACACUGUUUUCAGUUGGACCACCAACCCGUUUGUCUAUCUUUCAAUCCAAUUUGGGGAGCUGAUGGAUACUUGUGACUGCAGGUUCACCGAAAGGAGGCACGUGUGAAGUUUCCCACACUGGAUUUACUACUUUUGAGAAGAAUGAAACAAAAAUGAAUGCUAAGGGUCAAAGGAAGGUCUUCCAUAUAUCAACAGAUGGGCGGAGGCGUUAUUGUAUGAAGGAAUAGCUGACACUGUGAUUAAUGUAUGAUGAAGUUGAUGUCUUGUAGCCCAAAGGGACUGAUGUUCAAAUCAUGCUGUACUGAGAUUUGUUAAGGCACCAAAGAAGUCAUAGUCAACUUUAGAACAUCUCGCCAACUUCAUUUUCACCCAGCCUACCUUACCUUUCCUUUCCUUGUCCCUUUUUUAUUUUAAAUGCCUUAAACAUCUGCUGCUUUAAUUUUUAUAUUUAAAAAAAAAGUUUGAAAAUUAGCCAACCAAGUUUCUAGCCGAUUGUGAUUAAGCUUGAAAAUCUGGGGGUUUUUUGGGUGGGGAGAGGGAUCUUGAGAAAGACUCAGACAAGAUGGAUCUGGCAGAAGGGAAAGAAGACUCAACUGUCCUGAAUGUGUCCUUUGCCCCCAAAUAAUGGGAAGGAUCCAAAUUUGUAGAAAAUCCCAUUUGGCACAAUUUUGGGGUGGGGUCUGUCAUGCAAACUCUCCACUUUUCAACCAGCCCCUGUGACUUUAAAUUAAUGUGUGGCAAGCUUUAUCAUCAUUAUAACUUGUCUUGUUUUCCGUAUGGUACCAAAGGCUAUUGUUAUUUACACAAAAUAAUAACUGAGCGAAUCUGGGGCAUAACACUUUGGUAAACAACCCCAUUCUCCCAGAGAAACCGAGGAACUGACAUUUGGUAGAAAUGUUGAGAAUUCUUCACUAGAGAUCUCUUGUAAACAUUCUCUUCCAGAACUACCAUUUUCAACUUGGGGAAGGGAAAAUGACUCUUUAAAUAGUUUAACCAUUCAACCCUAUUCACUCCAGCUGAUCUGGAAAAUCUAAACAGGGUUGGAUCUGGUCGGGAGACCAGAUGGGAAACCGUCAGCGUACUUUUGAUGAGACCAGCUACCUGGACGUGUUUGUGAAACUAGUAGCAGUCAUGCUUGUCUUAAGAGAUUUUGCCUUAAGGGCUAAACCUGACACAUUAUUCAAACAGUUUGGCUCUUGGUUUUUUUUAAAAUUAAUAUCAAGGGGAUGCAAAUCAGUUUGGGGAACUUGAUACUGGGGAAGACGACUUUAUCUUGUCUCUUCUGUGGCCCCAACUGCCUGUUGUUUCCAACAGGUCACAUGCACCCCACUCCCCAAGUGGGUCUUUCCUGAAGACCACCCCCACUGGUAGGCAUGCCUGCAGCUUUCAGAGACUGGCAUAUGUCAGCAAAGAAGCAACACAGUGACUUCCAGGCACCUACACAAUAGAAGGAGCGUUUCCAUUGCAUAAAUUGUGAUUAUAAAGAGGAACAGCUUUAGCUUGCUGUAUUUUGCUGGGGAUACAUCUCCAUGACUGAAAGAGUAAGGGGAAAAGAACCCAGAAACAGGGACACUUAAAGAUAUUACUUCCCCUUUGUGAUGGUGGUGGUGGUGGUGGUGGUGGGGAGAUGAAUUGUAUUCAUAUAUUCAGGGAGCCGGGAACUCGGAGAUAACUGGAAUUCAGAGAAUCAAGAAAGAAACGCAUAAUCUGAAGGCCAACACGGUUGAGAAUUUAAGAUGGACUCACCACAGGCCAAUAAUUGAUAGGUUCCAACUCUACGUGGAACCUGGGUCACCAGAACACAAGUGUUGGGUUCCCCUAACAAGCUAUGCCUGAAGGAACACUCAAUGCAUCUCUCCAGAACUCAGGCAUUUGCCCAUCAGAGUUGGUUCCAGCGGGAACAGAGGGCUUGUUGUCCUCCAGACGAUGCUGCAGGAGAAGUCCCAGGAUUCUUCACCGUUGUCGCUAUUGCUAGGGCUUCUGGGGAUUGUAGUUCAGCACAUCUGGAAGGCUACCUGGUGUACACCCUGAAGUUUAAGGGAAUAUUAUUGUCUCUGCUCCAGGCUUGGCUUUUGAUCUUUGUGCAUUAAAUUUCAGCUAUUUCUGCCUGAUCUGUAAUCCAUUCCAAGCACUGCCCUAUAGCCCUUGGAGAACUUGUGGGCUGCUUGCUUUCCCAUCUCCCCCCAAGCUUCUUGGGUCCCCUUGCCUUUUACUUCCUCCCAAUAACUCUGCUUCCCCCUAUACCUCUGCUGCAGAAAAUCUCACGCUGGUCUGGCUUCUCACGUUCCUUUCCCAAAGUCUGAAGGUUAGCAAACAUUCCACAGCACAGUUUCAAAGCAAACGAGAUCAGCAUUUGCCAACUCUCUCACCAGACCCCUUUGUUCCUGGGUCUUCAGGACCAGCUUGCUCUAUAGACGAAUGCAACAGAGAGUCCCACCUGCAGAUUUUGCUGCAUGGAACGAAUUAAAAAAAAAAUACAAAAGAUACAGAAUCAAACCAGGGUAUGUUUUUCAUAGAUGGCCACUUCUGAAACCUUUCUGGUGCAUACCUUAAGCAACAAUCAAUCAAAACAGCUAAAAAAUGGUUAAAAGUCAUAACUACGUACCUUUUGCCUUCUACUUUCUCUUCUUCUUUUUGAGGGUGGCCUAGACUGGGACAUUUUCUUUCCAUGUUACUUGAAGUUCGAAACUGUGGAUGUAUCGGCCACUUUGUCGCAGAGCACAUAGGAUUCCCUUAAAGAAACUGAUUUUUUCUUCCUUUUCUUUCUUUUUUGCUAACCCUUAUGUAUUUCGGCUGUUUAGCCCUGUACAUUUUGUAUUUAGAAAUGGCAGUCAGAUGUGUACAUAGUAUAAUAUAUGAAUUUAACCAGGAAUUCCUCUGUAAUCACACUGUUGUUUAGAGGAAGUUGUCCUUCAUUAUGGUGAUGAUUUUUAUACAUUGACAAAUGACCAAUAAAAUCUAUUGGUUUUC